UGGAAAGUGCUGAAGAGGAAACGGAAGUUGCUGCCUUCCCCCUCCCCGCUCUCUCUCCAUCCCUGCUUCCGCCGCUUCCCUCUCGUUGGAGACAAAGGAGCGAGGCCCGAGGCCCGUGUUGGAGCCGAUCUAAUGUCAGCUGGUUGAACACCUUUCUACCAAAAUGUCAAAAAGGCCAUCCUAUGCCCCACCACCCACCCCAGCCCCCACAACCCAAAUGCCCAGCACACCGGGGUUUGUGGGAUACAAUCCAUACAGCCAUCUGGCCUACAACAACUACAGGCUGGGAGGGAACCCGGGCACCAACAGCCGGGCCACGGCAUCAUCGGGUAUCACAAUCCCCAAACCCCCUAAGCCUCCAGAUAAGCCACUCAUGCCCUACAUGAGAUACAGCAGGAAGGUCUGGGACCAAGUGAAGGCGUCCAAUCCUGACUUGAAGUUAUGGGAAAUUGGGAAGAUCAUUGGAGGGAUGUGGCGAGACCUCACUGAUGAAGAGAAGCAAGAGUACUUAAAUGAAUAUGAAGCAGAAAAGAUAGAGUACAACGAGUCAAUGAAGGCCUACCAUAACUCACCCGCUUACCUUGCCUACAUCAACGCGAAAAGCCGCGCCGAAGCCGCCCUGGAGGAGGGCCGGCAAAGGCAGUCCCGGAUGGAGAAGGGCGAACCUUACAUGAGCAUCCAGCCCGAAGACCCAGAUGAUUAUGACGACGGGUUUUCUAUGAAGCACACUGCCACAGCCCGUUUCCAGAGAAAUCACCGCUUAAUUAGUGAGACUAGUGAAAGCGUCGUCCCCGAUGUCAGAUCCGUGGUCACUACGGCAAGGAUGCAGGUUCUCAAACGCCAAGUCCAGUCCUUAAUGGUUCACCAGCGGAAACUAGAAGCUGAGCUCCUGCAGAUAGAAGAACGUCACCAGGACAAGAAAAGGAAGUUCCUGGAGAGUACAGAAUCCUUUAACAAUGAGCUGAAGAGGCUGUGCAGCCUGAAGGUGGAGGUGGACAUGGAGAAGAUAGCGGCCGAAAUCGCUCAGGCCGAGGAGCAGGCCCGCAAGCGGCAGGAGGAGAGGGAGAAGGAGGCCGCGGAGCAAGCCGAGCGCAAUCAGAACAGUACAAGCGCCGAGGAGGAGCAAGCAGCCAGCAAGGCAGAGGAGAAGAAAGAAGAGGGGAGCACCCCGAUGGAAGCAGAGGAGCCUCCUGCGGAAGAAACCAUUGAGAGCCAGCAAAACGGUGAAGGGACAUCCACUCCGGAAGACAAGGAGAGCGGCCAGGAAGGAGUCGAAAGCAUGGCGGAGGAAGGAACGAGCGACAGCAACGGCUCCGAAAGCAACAGCGCCAUGGUCGAGGAACCCCCAGCUGACCCGGUGGUUCCGGAAGACAGUGAAAAGAAAGAAUAAAUACGUAGCUACUUUUCAUGCAUCUCCCUUUUU